UGCGCCAGAAGAAGACGAUUAGGAAGAGGUGGCAAGGAAAAACGGGAAGCGGCAGGGAGACCAUCACGAAGACGGCUGUGUGGUGCAGUUUAGGGUUUGACGCUAAUUCGCACGGCAAUGAUUAACUUCUCUGAACUUUGGAAGCCGGUGAUCUACACACUCCGGCGUUCAACUUCCUGCUGACAUCCUUUCCGUUACGUUUAAAAGUCCGAUAACCGAUCGCCGAACGCACAGCGCGGUCUGCAUAGAAACACCUGGAUGGUUUCCCGAAUAUCUCGUGAUCGGCUUAAUGUUAGUGUGAUAUUGCAUCUGUGAAUGAUGCUCGGUUGUAUUGGCACUGAGCUCCUGAUAGGCAGUGACUGAUCCCCGUGUGCAGCCUACUUUAAUUCGGCCGGGCUUUUACGGAGACGAUGGGGGCUAACUGCAUGUCGAAGUAGACUGGUUUAAACGUUUUCUAUACACCCACCGCUUUAAACCUUUAGACAUGGCAUUCGGAGCGAUGUUUAUCCGGCUAUGCAACUACCUCCAAGACCCGAGCCUUGUGGCAGGGUUUCAGAAGCUGUGCGGCGUUCAGGGGACCUUCUCGGAGAAACCGAGUGAUUCGGGGGACAAACUUUCAAGUGGUGCGAGUGCGAACGAUGAUGGGGGAACACGGGAAUAUCCCAGGCAAAGAAACCACUCGGACCCGGAGGAAAACCGGUCCAGGGACUUGGGUAACGGGUCAGCGGCGCUGCGGUCAAGGGAAGCCGGGGAUGAGAUGCAGGCCGCCGGCUGCGGGGGUUCAGCAGAUACCGCGAGAGCCAAGCCGCUCCGGAAGAACUCUCUGACAGGGGAUGUUGGCAACGAGUUCAUCAUCAACAACAAGUUUCUGUUUUAUUUAUUCACGUUUGGAACCGAGCUGGGCAACGAGAUGUUUUUCAUCGUCUUUUUCCCCUUCGUGUUCUGGAACAUCGACCCCCUGGUCAGUCGGAGGCUUAUUAUUGUUUGGGCCUGGAACCUCUUCAUCGGACAGUCAACCAAAGACUUGGUUCGCUGGUCGCGGCCAGCCUCCCCACCUGUGGUGAAGGUGGAGGUGUUUUACAACUCUGAGUACAGCAUGCCGUCCACGCAUGCCAUGACCGGGACGGCUAUGUCGUUCUCUCUGUUCAUGCUUUCGUAUGGACGUUGGGAGUAUUCUUUCAGCUUUGGUCUGACGGCGGCCCUCAGCUGGAGUCUGCUGGUCUGUGUGAGCAGAGUCUACAUGGGGAUGCAUUCUGUACUGGAAGUGAUCACGGGCUUCCUCUACAGCCUCCUCAUCCUGGCGGCCAUGCAGCCCAUGCUGGACAGCAUCGACGGCUUCUACGCCGCCAGCCCGUCGGCGCCGCUCGCCAUCGUGCUCUCCCACGUGGGCAUGGGCCUGCUGGCCUUCAGCCUGGACUCCUGGAGCACCUCGCGCGGGGACACGGCCCAGGCCCUGGGCACGGGCGUGGGCACCGCGCUGGGCACCCACGUCAACCACCGGCUGGGUCUCCUGACGGACGUGCCGCUGUCCGCCCUGCCCCUGGCCAUGCCCUCCGUGGGGGCGGGCCUCGUGGGGCGCUCCCUGGCGCGCUUCGUCCUGGGCGUGGCGGUGCUGCUGGUGUGCCGCAUGGCGAUGAAGGCCGUGACCAUCCCGGCGCUGUGCCGCGUGUUCGGCAUGCCGACGGGGGACGUGCGGCGCGCCCGGCAGCACAUGCGGGUGGAGCUGCCGUACCGCUACGUCGUGUACAGCGUGGUGGGCUUCUGCUGCGUGUGCGUGGUGCCCUUCGUCUUCAGCCUGGUGCACCUGGCCUGAGCGGGCAGUAAGCGAAACCAAAACCGCGCGACCGCUAGUGGUCAUUCUGGACGUUGGUGGGGGGAGGGGUGGGGGUGGGGGAGGGGUGGGGGGGGGUCCAGCCAAACCCAACCUAACCUGUGCGACCCUAGUGGUCUUUCUGGUAUUGGGAGGGGGAGGGUCAAGCCGAACCAAACCUGUGAGACCCCUAGUGGUCACUCUGGACGUUGGGGGGUGGGGGAGGGGUCCAGCCAAACCCAACCUAACCUGUGCGACCCUAGUGGUCUUUCUGGUAUUGGGAGGGGGAGGGUCAAGCCGAACCAAACCUGUGAGACCCCUAGUGGUCUCUCUGGACGUUGGGGUUGGGAGGGGGGUGGAGGGGGGAUUGAUACCACUGCUGGGGUCAAGGGAACCCACACGCACACACACACACACGUUUCUGUACCAAGAUAACAGUGUUUGGUUCCUGUUUGACCCCAACGGGCCGAUGCCUUUGUCACGGAGAGUUCUUCCCGUGGCUGACCAAUCUCUUGCCUCUCGACAAACAAGCAUGAAUAAGGGAAGCCUCUGAAAAAGCUUUGUAUUGUUGUACCGUGGUUAUGCUCGAGUGAGGGACAUGUUUAUACAGUAUCUUAACACACCAGAAUGUAUAUCCCACAAUAUCCCCCUGAAGUCCAGAGAAUGAGCAAAUGAAACGAGUGCAAUCUGGUUUGUUACUUUGGAUAUGCACAAAGUUAAAGGUAAGAGAUAAUCUUUUGGCACAUUGAACCUAAAUAGCAUUGGGUUCAUGUACCUGACAAUUUAUAUCAAUAGGUCUAACCUUUGUAUUCCUCUGAUAAGAGAUACCGAUUUGACAUUCAUCCCCUCACAAAGAUACAGCCCCCCCCCUAUUGCGUUAACAGUGCUCUUUGAGUCGUACAAAUAUACUACCUAGUGGUUUUUAUUGGAGUCAGCAUUGCUUUAAUGCUUUAAAAGCCUAUUUGCUGUGAUCAUGUAUUAUUUCUUUGCUUGUUUUAAUUUGUUUGGUUUUGCUAAUAUAUAUUAUUUAACUAUGCUGCACUAAUGACUAAUUAAUUGCAAUAUAAAACGUGUACAACGUAUAUCAAAAUGAACUUUAAUGUUUUUAAUUUACAUUCAGAAAUCCGAAUAAACUAAACUUUUUUCAGGCAUUAAGCUGAAUAACGUGAUUUUUAUACCCAUUUGUUUUCCUGGUGAUGACAAUUGAAUGCAUUGUUGGAAGAAAAUAAAUGCUUUCUUUCGGA